AAAACCAAACUUUCAUGCAAAAAAGUUUCAAUCUUUUCCAUACCCUUGUGUUAAAUCAUUUGUAACUAAAAGAACCAUAACAUAACUCCUUAUUCUUAAAGUCCAUUAUUAUAUCCUGACUCAUCUUCAUAAACAUUAAAGUCCCUCAUUCUUACACAUGUUCACUUGCAUUAACUUCUGCAUUCAUUUCACAAAUCUCUAAAAGGGGUCCAAACCAUACAAAUCAAGAUUCAUGAUUUCAUGGAUUUAAAGUUUUAAGAUUUGUGUUUCAUUUGACGAAAGCAAGUAUGCAAGAAAACUUCAUAGUUUUAGCUAUAUUAUCCUUCAUUUUAUUACUACCAUGUUCUAUAGCACAGCUAAAUUCAGGUGAUUCAAGAAUCUUGUUUCAAGUCCAACAAAAACUUGAGUAUCCACAAGCUUUACAAGGAUGGUCUAAUUGGACAAACUUUUGUUUUCUUCCAUCAACUCCAAAUCUUGUGAUAGUUUGUUCAGGUAAUCAUAUCACUGAACUUACUAUUGUUGGAAACAAAACAAGUCCAAAACUUUCUGCAAGUUUUUCCCUUGAUUCUUUCUUUACUGUCCUUACAAAGCUUUCAACUUUGAAGAAGUUGACUCUUGUGUCUCUAGGCUUAUGGGGUCCAUUGCCACCUAAGGUUGAUAGGUUUUGGUCACUUGAAGUUAUGAACUUUAGCUCAAAUUUCAUUAGUGGUGAAAUCCCAGCUUCUGUUUCAACAAUCAAGAAUUUGACCAUUUUCGAUAUGUCAAAUAAUUUGUUGAAUGGAAGUGUGUUAGAUCUAAAAGGGUUACAAAAUAUUGAAAUACUUGAUUUGGGUAGUAACCAUUUAGGGCCUAAGUAUCCUUCUUUAAGUUACAAUCUUGUGUCAAUUACAUUAAGAAACAAUUCCUUUAGGAAUCAAAUCCCAACAGAUUUUGUGAAGUUUGUUCAUCUUGAAAGACUUGAUCUUUCUUUGAAUAAACUCGUGGGUCCUGUUCCUUUGGUUUUGUUUUCACUCUCUUCGAUUAAGUAUAUCAAUUUAGCCAACAAUCAAUUCAGUGGAGCAAUGCUUACAAACUUAACAUGUAGCACUAAGCUAGGAUUUGUUGAUGUUUCUAAUAACCUUUUGAUUGGAAAAUUACCAUCUUGUAUCGGGUCAAACACUCCAAACAGAACGGUUAUUAGCACGUGGAAUUGUUUAACGAAUUCUACCUCAAAGUAUCAACAUCCUAAGAAGUUCUGUCAGAAAGAAGCAAUAGCAGUAAUGCCUACAAAAAAGAGGGGUGAAAGCAAGAAAGAGGAGAAUACUGUAAAGCUUGGACUUGUUCUUGGUAUCAUUGGGGGUAUAGUGGGAGUUGCAGGUUUGAUUGGGUUGCUAAUAUUGGGUAUUUAUAGAAGAAGAGAGGCGAAACGGGUGAAAGAAUACAGAUCUGAUAGCUUUGCUUUCGACAAAAAUGCAGCUCGUGCUCCUUCAUCGAUAGCCAAAGAUGGGCGUAGACCGCAAACUAUGAGAACUGCUGCACUAGGCCUACCACCAUAUACCGUAUUCACACUUGAAGAAAUCGAAGAAGCAACAAACAACUUUGAUUCUAUGAAUUUGGUGGGAGAAGGAUCUCAAGCACAACUUUACAAGGGGUGGUUAAAGGAUGGUACGACCGUCCUUAUCAAAUGUUUGAAGUUAAAACAAAAGCAUUCAGCACAAACCGUGCAACAACAUAUAGACGUGAUCUCUAAGCUCAGACAUCGGCAUCUAGUGAGCGUUCUUGGUCACUGUAUCGUCUCAUACGUGGAUCAUCCCAACUCAGGAAGCACUGUCUUUGUUGUUCUUGAAAACGUUUCAAAUGGGUCAUUGAGAGAUCAUCUUACAGAUUGGAGAAAGAAAGAAAUUUUGAAAUGGCCACACAGAAUGGGAAUCACUAUGGGAAUUGCGAGAGGAAUUCAGUUCUUACACACUGGAACUCAACAAGGAAUUUUUGGCAAUGAUUUGAAGAUUCAUAGCAUUCUUUUGGAUGAUAAUCUUAUUGCGAAGAUUAGUAGUUACAAUAUUUCAUUACCAUCAAAGGCAGGUUCAGAGAGUCCUCUAAACAGCCAUGACGCCUCCCCAGUUUCUCACAGGCUUAUAAAUCCAGAAAAAGACGACAUAUAUCAAUUUGGAGUCAUCAUCCUGCAACUCAUUACAGGGAAACCAGUAAACUCGGAGGAUGAGAUAACCGAGCUCAAGAACCAGCUAGAGAUUGGUUUAUCCGAGUCACCAACCAGACUCAAAGAGGCAGCAGAUUCAUCAAUCAGGGGAACUUAUGCUUACGAAUCCAUGAAAACUGCUGUCCAGAUAGCACUCAAUUGUCUUAAUGAAGAUGUGAGUGUGCGUCCAUCGAUUGAAGAUGUCCUUUGGAACAUGCAAUAUUCUGUUCAAGUUCAAGAAGGCUGGAAUAGCAGUGGUAACCUCAGUACAAAAUUGUAAAGAUGUUCAGUUCGAUAUCAUUUGGGAACUUGAUUCACUUUCUCUGUGGAAAAAGCUUAAAUAUCGGGUUUAGUUUUGGUACAUUAUGUAGGGAAUGGGCAUGGAAUAAUGAUUUUUCAUAAGAUAUUAUAAUCUUCAGAGUUGUUAUCCAAAUUAAUACGUUGGAGUCAAUCCAAAUUUGCAAUUAAACAAUGUCAAUUUAAAUUUGUUACAUAAAA